AUGGCACCCGCAGGAAGGCGGCUCGGCGACGCAGGCGCAGCGCCCGCUUCCGGCGCGACGGAGCGGCCAGCGGUGCCGCAGCCCGUCAUGCCGCUGCCGCCGGCGUGCCGCGCGCUCCUGGCCGCGGCCCCGCGCCUCGCCGGCCGCCGUCGGCUCCCCUCGUCUCUCCUAGCGCCGUUGGCGGCGCGGCUCCGUUCGCGCGCGGGAGGCGAGGAGGAGGCCGGCGGAGUGCUGCGGCAUCUGCUGCUGAAGCUGCGCGCCGCCGGGCCGGUGACGGUGGCGGAGUACAUGCGGGAAGCGCUCACCAACCCCGGGCAGGGCUACUACACGCGGCGUGGCGGCGUCGGAGAGGACUUCGUCACCUCGCCGGAGAUCAGCCAGAUAUUUGGAGAGUUAAUAGGAAUAUGGUACAUUAGUGAGUGGAUGGCCAUGGGCAAACAGAAUGCAUUCCAGCUGGUGGAACUGGGCCCUGGGACAGGCACCCUCACAGACGAUAUAUUGCGGGUCUUCAACCAGCUUGCCUCUUUACUUAGUAAAUGUGACGUCUCUGUUCAUCUGGUAGAAGUAAGUCCUAAACUCAGUGCAAUCCAAGCAGAGAUGCUGACAGGAGGAAAGGUGCAGUCAAACCCUGAGAACAAAUCUGCAUACAUGAAAGGCAUUAGCAAGACUGGAAUUCCCAUUUACUGGUACAGAGACAUUCAGGAUGUACCGCAAGGUUACAGUUUUUACUUAGCGCAUGAGUUUCUGGAUGCCCUGCCAAUACAUAAGUUUCAGAGAACAGAGAAAGGCUGGCAUGAAGUGUUGGUUGAUAUAGAUCCAGAAGUCCCUGACCAGCUGCGCUUUGUCCUGUCACCAUCCAGGACCCCUGCAACAGAAAACUUUAUUCAGCCUGAAGAAACACGAGAUCAUGUGGAAGUAUGUCCUGAGGCUGGCGUCCUCAUCCAGAGGCUUGCCUGUCGUAUAGAAAAGGAUGGUGGGGCUGCACUGAUUGCUGAUUAUGGUCACGAUGGAACAAAAACUGACACGUUCCGAGGUUUCCGGAAUCACAAACUUCAUGAUGUACUGAAAGCGCCAGGUACAGCAGACCUGACAGCAGAUGUUGAUUUCAGUUAUCUUCGAAAGAUGGCAGAGGGAAUAACAGCAACUUUGGGCCCCAUAAAACAACGAGAGUUUUUAAAAAACAUGGGCAUUGACCUCCGAUUGCAGGUGCUCUUGCAGAAUUCACGCGACUCAGCAACUCAUGAGCAAUUGCUCCACAGCUUUGAUAUGUUGAUGAACCCUAAGAAAAUGGGAGACUGUUUUCAUUUUUUUGCCUUACUGCCUUAUCACAGAGUUGUACGUCCUACAAAGAAAGAUAAUCCACAAUCCAAAUCUCCCCUACCACCUGUUGCUGGAUUUAGUGAACUCUCACUGAAGUAAGCUCAGUCACAAAUAAUUUCAAUUACUGUACUGAGAUGUGUAACAGUGGUAACUUUCAGCAGCAACCUAUUAAACAAAAAAAAAAAAAUUUAAAGUUAAAGCAAUCAAGUCCUGUGCAUUUUAUAUUUUCAUGUACUAAAUGUUUUGCAAUAGUAAGCAGUAAGGUAACAACUAAACAUUUUGAUUUAUCUUUAAACUGAAGGAACCUGAAAUGUCACACUUUUUCCAGGCAAUUUUCCUCUUACCAACCAGUCUCAUACCAACCUACAUUCCAGAGCCUAGGCAUGUUUUGAAAGAGAGUGCUUUCAGAGUACAUCUGUUGCAACACAGUGUUCUUACUGACUGACCGACUUAAACCAUAUGUGUAGAUAUCAGGAAAUCAGUGCACACUGAUCUGAGAAUGAACAUCGUUUCAGGGUCUUACUACUGAGCUGAGAGUAAUACUGUGUAGAGGAAUCAAGUUAAAACUUGUCUAUCAGAUCAUGUUUGUCACUGACGUUAGCUGCACGCAGCUGAGGUACUCACUCAAAACAACAUGUCUUGGCAUCUUUGAAGAUGUUUUUAUAAGAAUGGUAAUAGGAAGCAUGCAAAGAAGUUAUUUGUCAGAAAGCAACUGCUAACGGAAUUCCCACAACAGAGUAUAUCUAAUGCCAGACUGGUUCACCAACAAGAAAGUAUGAAGAAGCUUCUAAGAAAAGUUUACAGGAGAAAGAGUUCAUAUAAAUACAAGGAACAAGUCUGAUAGGGAAAUAAAUUUUAUUUUCAAGCUUAUCAGAGGAUAUUUACAAACAAUUGGAUGUAUAAAAAUAUAAAAGUACUUGACAGUGUCCAUUUGAGGCUAUAAAAUUUUACAUGAGCUUUUUUUCUAGCAUCAUCAUAGCAAUGUUGAAUGCAACUUAAUUCAUCUAGGGGUAAGGAUAUUAAACACUAUAACCUACUGCUGUCAAAGUUUGCAGUAAGGGUAGAAAAAAGGGAAUAAAGAAAUUCAGCUAUUUUUGCUACUCAAUGAAAAACGUUUAUUUAUAAUGCAUGUCUGAUUUUUUUGGUUCCUCAGCUGCCAGCUUGUGGCUUCCAUUGUCUGGCCCCUAAGUCUGCAUAUGUGCAUGUAUCAUCAGGCAAACCACUCCAAAGGCUAACAGCAUUCUUUUUAAUACAAGUUAAGAAUAAAUAGCUAAUAUCAUUUUUAUUUUUUUUGCAGCACAAAGCAGACUUCUUGGGGAGAGACAUCAGUCAGGCCUUAUUUCUUACUGUAACCCCUUCCUCUCGUGUUGUACUUUUCAAGCAACCAAGCUGGCUUCUUUUCUCCCUUUAAAAAAAAAAA